AUGAUGAAGCUGCACCACAACUUACCCAUUUCUGCAUAUUUCCCUUUGAAAAAAAAAAUGGCAUACCAUGACUACAACUGGAACCAUUAUGGGUGGCGCCGCCCCUCUGAGGAGUACCCUGUGUACGACCCUCCAGUGCAAGGGCAUCAUCACAAGGGUCACGUGGCAUUCAGAAACAUCUAUGAAGACACUGUAGAUGAAGCAGAAGCCAAUAACUUUGAGCAAAGUCAUGAAACUACCGGCUUUAACCAUAAUCACAGGGCUUACAAAAGCGUGGAUCAAGAAGCUGAUGCCUUUAUUCAGUAUGAGCACAAUAGAAUGGAAAUGGCUAGGCUCAUGUCAACAAGGGGUGUCUGAACUUCUGUUCUAUAUAUAUAUUUAUGCAUAUAUUAUAUACAUCUAGGAGCUUCAUGUGAACUGAUAUAUGGUUAAUUUGAUGACCCUUAAAAUGGUUAAAAGAUUUUGGGGUGAGACUUUUUAUAUCAAGUUUUACCAAUAAUCCAUCCCUUAAAUUUUUACCCUUUAAGAUGGUAUCAAAUUCACUAUCCAUAUCUGCAACUGAAGUACUCAGGGACCUUGUUCUUUCUUUCUGUCUUUACUUCUUAAAUAAAGGUCUUUUAACUUUUCUUGGA